CUUUUGUUGUUGAUAGCUUGAGAGAACCACGCAACCCAAAACGCAGAUUGAAUUCUGUAAAACUUCCCUUGUUGUAUCGCCGUAUCGUCAAUCAGAGCCCUAUCAAGCAAUCAAUCCGUCUGCGACAGAUUCAACUCAUCAGCCCUUGCCACGGUCUCGCCUUUCCGGUAUCGACACCCCCUUUGCGACUGUUUUGAAGGAACGGAAUCUUUGCCACCCGCAGCAAUUUCCUCGGCCGAGAUCCUAUCGGAAAUUCACAAGCCCCAUGCAACAGUGGUUUUGGAAGAAUUGACUCUUCAUCAAAGCCUCCUUCUAGGACAAUUAUCAUUCCCACGCGAUCAUCUUGCGGCUACGGCAACCGUUGACCGACCCCUCGAGCGAUUGCCCUUUGCGACAACAUCACGUGCCUGAUAUAUUCUACGCUGACCCCAAUUGCUUCAAGUGUCUGGUACAAUGAGCGACCUCGAUUUAGAGAAGAAGCCCAGCACCGGGCAGGUGAUGCCUAGGAGCGAGUCUGCAUCCGGAUCCGAAGAUGCGGACGCUCUUAAGCUGGCCGAGAUGGGCUACACUCAGGACUUGCAGCGCAAUUUCUCGGUGCUUUCCCUGGUCGGAAUUGCCUUCUGCAUGUCCAACUCGUGGUUCGGUAUCUCUGCAUCUUUGAUCACGGGUAUCAGCUCCGGAGGCACGGUCAUCAUCAUUUACGGCCUGUUGUGGAUCACCUUCAUUUCGUGCUGUGUGGGAUCCUCCCUCUCGGAAUUGGCCAGUGCCAUGCCCAACGCGGGUGGGCAGUACUUCUGGGCCGAUCAACUGGCUCCUAAGAAGUACGCUCGUUUCGCAUCCUACGUGACCGGCUGGUUCGGCUACGCGGGUGCCAUCUUUGCGAGUGCCAGUGUGGCCCUCAGUCUGGGAUCUGGUGUGGUGGGCAUGUGGGAGCUGGGCCAUCCCUCAUUUGUUCCCAAACCUUGGCACACCGUUGUAGCGUACGAGCUCAUCAACCUCUUUUGUUACCUGUUCAACUGCUGGGGUAAAUUUCUCCCUGCGGUCGCCAAGGCCACGCUGUACAUCUCGCUGCUCUCGUUCUUCGUGAUUUUGGUGACCGUACCCGCGUGCGCCAAACCCCACGCCAGCGCCUCGUUCGUUUUUGGUCACUUCGUCAACUCGACCGGGUGGAAGUCGGACGGGAUCGCGUUCAUUGUCGGCUUGAUCAACCCCAACUGGAUCUUCGCGUGUCUGGACUCGGCGACGCACCUGGCGGAGGAAGUGCCGCAGCCGGAACGCAACAUCCCGAUCGCCAUCAUGGCCACGGUGGGCAUCGGUUUUGUGACCUCGUGGUUCUACUGCGUGGCCAUGUUCUUCAGCAUCCAGGACCUGGACGCGCUGCUCAACUCGUCCACGGGCGUCCCCAUUUUGGAGUUGUAUUACCAGGCGUUGAGCAACAAGGCGGGCGCCAUUGUGCUGGAGACCCUCCUGAUCGUCACGGGUAUGGGAUGCCUCAUUGCCUGCCACACCUGGCAGUCGCGGCUGGCGUGGGCGUUCGCGCGCGAUCGUGGCGUGCCCUGCCAUCAGUGGCUGUCGACCGUCAACGUGAAGCUGGACGUGCCCAUGUGGUCGCACUUUGCGAGCUCGCUGAUUGUCGCCCUGCUGGGUCUGCUCUACCUCGGCUCCUCCACUGCGUUCAACAGUAUGGUCACCGCCUGUAUCGCGCUGCUGUACAUCUCGUACUCGGUGCCUGUAAUCUGCAUGCUGUACCGCGGUCGCGACAACAUCAAGCACGGUCCCUUCUGGUUGGGCAAGUGGGGGUUGGCCGCCAACUACAUCACCUUGGCCUGGACCCUGUUCUGUCUGGUCAUGUACUCGUUCCCUGCCACCAUGCCGGUGAACACUGGAAAUAUGAACUAUGUGUCCGCCGUCUACGGCGUCAUCAUCUUCAUCAUCCUCGUUGACUGGUUCGCCCGUGGUCGCAAAUCCUUCCGUGGUAGCCAGAGUUGUGUCGAGGACGCCACCACCACCACCACCACCAACACCACCACCACCGGCCACGCACACUAAGCCUGAGCCGCCAUCACUUUUACCUCUUGCUUCCUGCU